AAAUCAAAUGCAUGCAGGAGAAGGCCUUUACAAGUCUGUGGUUAAAAUACAUGUAGCUUGUCCCAUAAAACAUCUGUUUUACAUACAGGAAGGCCAAUACAAACAGUAAAUGCGCACGUUGUUUGAAUAUUAACAGAAGCAGAAUGAAACAAAUGCAGAGUGUGCAGAGGGGUAGACGUGCACUGCAGAGGAGAGUUUAAUUGAUGUUAUGCAAAUACAGGGAUCUUUCAGUUGUUGAUACGACUGAAGAGAACUUGAAAAGUUUUCCUGUUUUUUUGUUUUUUUUUUUUAAUGUUAUUUCUUUAUUUUUUAAAAAAGAAAUAAUGACAGAUGAAACCAAGGGAUGUGUGUCAAGUUAGGAAAAAGAGCAGGAAGAGCUUAUUUCACACAUGUGGUAUUACCUAAUGGUGGCAGGUCACAACUCAAUAUUGUAAUAUUACUUGCUGUCUAAAGAGAGGGAGAAAAUGUGCAUCAACUCAGCCUCAUAUACAGUACAAACGUAUCUAGCAACAUCUCUUGAGGAGAUAGUCUUUCCCAGAAGUUAGUGAAGGAACUAAAUUAAUGUUAAGCACUUUAUCCAGCAACUGACUGUUCAUAAAAACAAUCACAAAGUUUGUGAUGGUGAGAAUUUUGAGUCUUUCACCUGUCUAGAUCCCAAAGAAAGACGGGAUGUUUGGAAGCAUAAGAUGGACUGGAUGAUCUUUAUGUUCCAUUCCAAAUCAGUUUAUUUCAUUCUAUGAAACCAAAAAGAUGCUGUUACAGUUUUUGAUCUCCAGAGGUGUGGCAAACAUGCACAUUGUCUAAUUAAUGUGUUAAUUUAUCCUCUAAUAACUGUUUUACAAUAUCUUGCCAUAAAAGUUAUUUUUGAAGUCAUAUUCCGUGUUGUUAGCUGGAAAUAUUUGUGUGAUUAUGCUCACAGAAGGUCCAUUGAUGAAAAAUGGUGUGUACAAAUGAAAUCAGCACAGAAAUGUAGGACAGUGAAGGCCAACUGUUCCUGCUCAGCCAGUUUGCUUCCUGAAUAGCUCAUCACAACAUCUGUAUCACUUAGUAAGACGAUCGGCUUGCUUACAUUGAGAUGCAUACAAAUUAAUGAGUAAAAAAAAAAUGAGGUAAAUGAAAGAUUUGUUCAUUGUAGUAAUGGCUCACACUUGCAAUCUUAAGGGUUUCACUGUAAAAUAAGCUGUUAAAUAGUUCUGGAACUUAAUAGUUCAGUAAUGCCUCUGCUAAUAAUCCUCUGUGAAGUUGCAGAUAUUUGCAUUAAUUCUGCUUCCUUUUUCCUUCCUGAAAGGUAAAAAGAACACAAUCAGUUUUUGGGUUGGUUUUUUUUUUUGGUAAUUCUACUGGUUUGGCUUUUUUUUUUUUUUUGCCUUUCCUUUAUUUGUAUUAACAUGAAAGGGUAUAAAAUUAUGAUCACAGCUGUGUACAUUACAUUGAUAUCAAUGGCUGGCCCACUUUGAGAGAUCUUUAUGACAUUUGAGGCACCAAAGAAUUUUUUUUGCAUUUGCAGAAAAGUGGUUUAAAUGUGUCAUUCAUAUAUAUUGCAUACACACAGUCUAUGUAUAUUUACAUAUAUAAAUACAUUUAAAAACUUCAAACACGAGGGACUGUUAUCAGCAAAAUGCACUUUCACAUUUUUAUUUUUUUGCUUCAAGCUACCAACUACGAGUAAUUUUUAAGGACCCAGUUAGCAUCUUGAAUGUUCCCAGACUCCCCUUUCUUUGCUUAACAUCUGUUAAAUUUGCUAAAGUGUAUCUGGGGGGGGAAAAAAAGAUGAUUUUAAACUAUUGCAGUUUUUAAAAUCUGGGAACUCAAUCAAUAGAUGUGACAAAUGUUUGUGUAAAGUCCUUGAAGUGUACUUUGAAUCUUUGGUGCUUUUUACAUUUUCCUGGAGCUCCGUGUGUUUGCAUAUGCUUUAAAAACAUGACUGAAACUUGUAUUUUUUUUCUUUUGGUUUAAAGUGUGUAGAUAAAUGCAUCUAUGUACGUGCAUAAACUGUGACCAUAAUUUUUUGUACCUGUAUUAAACUCAUUUUUGUUCAAAGAUGCUUUUCUUGGACACCACCAUUUGUUUAUACCACGUGUUAAGAAUAUUCACAUGGGAGAACUGGAAGACUGAAUUCUUACAUAGCAAGCGAUCUUGUCUUUUGGGGAUCUGCUCUGUGAAUACGACUGCAAUGUCUGGUCGAGCAGCGAAAGCUUCGAGUUCACUCUGAACGUUAUUAGGCACCAGCCCCACUGCGAAUACGCAAGCCGCUUGCUAAAUUCAUUGCCGGCGGCUGGCCGAGGAGCCUGAGCUCUGCUUGGGAGCAGGGGCGGAACCUAAGUGCUGGCCGCUGUUUCCGCCCGGUUUCUGUGGCCCAACGGACGCUGCUCCGCAGGGGGUCUGCGUGGAGCCCCGUACGGGAAGUCGAUGUCGCUAGGGCGCGCCGUCGCUAGAGCUUCGGCCGGGGAGCGGCUCCAGCUCGGCGGCCGGGCCGGACGAUGGCAUCGCUGGGGCUGAGCGAGCGGGAGCAAGCCGGCUGCCGCGACAUACUGGAGUUGCUCGAGACCGAGGAGCUGAUGGCGCUGACGGACACCGUCACGAACCGUCUGAUACAUCCGGAGAACCGCCAAGAGGCCAUUCAGGCCAUCUUGAUUUACAGCCAAAGUGCAGAAGAACUUUUGAAACGAAGAAAAGUAUAUCGAGAAAUAAUUUUUAAGUAUUUGUCAGUACAAGGAAUUGCAGUGCCACCUUCCUCCGAGAAACAUCAACUCAUUGCCUGUGUAAGGCAGUACUGGGGUGGGAAGCUCACAUCAUGUGUCUCAGAAUCAGGGGACAGAGCAACACAUGCAGAGAGUCAUGAAAAGAGGCAGAAGUCACAGGAUGAUGUUCGUAAUCUAGGAGGAGAAUUCUGCCAAUGGUUCUUUGAACUCCUGAAUUCUCAGCAUCCUUUGGGAAUAAAAUCUGAAGAAACGUGGGGACCACAGCAUUUCUGGGAGAAUGCCAAAAUGAAGUUCUGUUACAACACAGUAGAAAAAAAUGUGGAAGAAUAUGAUGGUGCAGAAAUGGUGAGCCUUCGUCUGCUCUCAUUGGUUAAAGAAGAAUAUCUUCUAUUCAACCCUAACUUGACUGCUGAUGGACUGAAAUGUGCCAUGUCUCGACAUGGGUUAGUAUUGGUAGCAGUGGCUGGCACAGUACAUAGAAGCAAUGUCUGUUUGGGUAUCUUUGAACAAAUUUUUGGACUCAUUAGGUGUCCAAUUAGAGGGAAUACCUGGAAAAUAAAAAUUGUGGAUCUUAAAAUAGUUGGACAGAAUGCUCUGGAGCCUGGAAUGCAGAUCGAAAAACCCGCCAUCAAAUACGAGUCAAAUCAGCUGCAGGAGUGGUACGAUGGGAAAGAACUGGCAGCGCUCGAACCUCACAAAUAUGAAGCAACGCUUUCAAAAUUGGGUGACUGACUUACAGUGCUUAGUAGAAGAUUGAAAUGAUUGCAGCAAUGCGAUUUUGUCUCUUUCUUGAGUCAGAUUUGCUUGAUGACAAAUGGAAGUACAGAGUCUAAAGUAUUCAUACAGGUGAUGGUUGGGGCACCUUUUGGACAGCUAACAAACGUUUAAACAUAUUACUGUAGACUUUGUAACUAUAGUUGGGAAUGGAGUUACUUACAGAACGCAGGUACGUUUGAUUAUGGGAAGUUUUAUGUCAAGUUGGAUGACCUUGAGAUCACAAGCUGGGAGUUGCUUCUUUUCAGGAAACCAUUUUAAAGUCCUGUCUGAGUUAAAGAGGACGUCCUUCCCUCUGCCCUUUUGAAAUUGGGGCUGGUGAAUGUCUGGAUGGUCUUUUAAAAGUCCCAAGAAAACCAUCUGCUGAUUUGGGAAUUUUUGGAGGGAACGGGCAGAAUGAAGCAAAUGGAGAUGCUGCCUAUUAAUUCUGAAUGUGAUUUCUUUCCCAGCCUGUAGUAGUAGCUCACUGGGACGAUGCAGAGGUUAGCACUGUUGAAAUUUAUAUCCUUUAUUUUCUUUCGCUUUACAGUUCCACCGUUGAGAUGGUUUCCCAGGCAUCUGUAUCUAGCACUGCCUCUUUUGGAUCAAAUGGUUGAUGUUAUGACUUACAGACUUAGUGUCUGAAGCAAAUGCUUUGAUAAUUAUUUUGUAUAUACUUGCAACAGAGUUUCUAAUAUAAUAAUUGUAAUUUUUAUAUGUUUUCUCAAAAUUGGAAUUUCUGUCUAUCCUAGCUCCUUUAUUAUAUUGUCCAGACAAUGGGAAUUUACAAGUGGUGAUAUAAAAUAAAUAAAGGAUCUAAAUACUACUGAAA